AUGGGUACCGACGCGGAGCGCCCAGGAAGUGGCUUUACAAUGAGCGUUCAACCACGUACAGAUGUGGAUGAGUCGGGAAACAUGUCGGAUGAUUCAUCAUGGGAGAAGACUGAGAUGGUUGAUGCUACGAAACUAUCGCCAAUGCGAAAACUUCACAUCGUAAUUGCCGGCUUCACAUGCACUUUCAACGGAAACUUGGGUUCCUCGAUGCCCUCAGGCGCCCUCGACGCGAUCAGCGCCCACUUCGGUGUGACAGACCGCGUCCAUCUCAUCCUUCUCAACUCCCUCUUCAUGGUCGGAUACGUGAUAGGCCCUCUCGUCUUCGCCCCUCUCAGCGAAUACAUCGGCAGGAGGCCCGUCCUAAUCGGCACGUUCCUGGGCUAUCUCGUCUUCAUGCUCGCCUGCUCAGGGGCCCCGAACUACCCCGCCCUCCUCGUCUUCCGCCUUCUGAGCGGCAUCAAUGCCGCCGCCCCGACGAGCGUUCUCGGCGGGCUCUACGCCGACAUCUUCGACAACGCCUCGACUCGCGGGAACGCCAUCGCCGUGUACAUGACCGUCACCACCAUCGGCCCGCUGGUCGGGCCCAUCAUCUCGGGAUUCUCGUCGACGAUGUCCUGGCGCUGGCCGUUCUGGAUCGCCGGUAUGAUCGCAACCCUCGGCUUGCCCCUCGUCCUCACUCUCCCCGAGACCUACGCGCCGGUUUUGCACAACAAAGCUGUCAAGAGGCGUCUGAAGAAGCACGCCUCCGAUGUCGACGGCGGAGAGCAGCUCGAGCUGAAGCCGUUUGACGUGCAGAAGAUUUUCCUUCGCCCGGUCACGCUUCUCGUUACUGAGCCGAUUCUGUUCUGCACUUCUGCGUACCUCACGCUGGCGUAUGCGGUCUUCUAUCUCAUGUUCCAAGCGUAUCCCGUCAUUUUCCAGAAGUUUUAUGGACUCUCUCCGGGAGUGGCCGGCUUGGCUUUCUUACCCCAGGUUGUCGGUGUAAUCUUCUCACUCUUCGUGUUCGGUGCCUUUACGUGGUAUCACGACAAACAGACAGCAGCUGGCGCGGAGUGGACCAAGAACGAGAUCUACCGCAGACUGCCUCUCGCAUGUCUGGCCUCUCCAUGCAUGGUAAUCUCCCUCUUCUGGCUCGGAUGGACCGUCUGGCCCUCAACCUCCCCGAUCGUACCGAUGAUGAGCGGCAUCCUCUUCGGCUGCGGCUUCCAGCUGCUCUUCAUGGGCAUGAUCAACUACCUGACGGACGUCUUCCGCCAGUACUCGGCCUCGGCACACGCAGCUGCCAGCAUGACGCGCUCCAUCGGGGCGAUCACGCUUCCCCUCGCGGCCAACAGCAUGUACACCAAUCUCGGGGUGCACUGGGCGCCGUCGGUUCUGGGCUUCAUCGCGUUGGCGAUGGGUGUGAUUCCGUUCGUCUUCAUCAGGUACGGCGAUCGCCUCGCGCGUAGUAGCAGGACAGCCCGCGAGUUUUCGCGAUAG